UUUCCCCACCCUAUUAACCUUGCUAGGCCAUUAGCUAAGGGCUUUGAGCAUCUCAGGCCUGGUGUCAUGGGGUUCAGUCAAGCGCGAAGGAAAGGAAAGGUGGAGACACGCCCUUUUCCCCUUAAGAUCAUCAAGUAAAAAGAAGAGAAGAAAAAUUUAUAGUGUUAAUGCAGUGGGUAUAUUCAUGACCUUUGUGCUUUUCUCUAUAGUUGGUCUUUUGGUGUUGUUCUUUGGGAGAUGGCUACAUUGGGUGAGUAGAACGUCACGCACUGAUCAUGUUACCUUCCAAGGGGAGUGAGAUCCCAAGAACUCUCUUCCCUAUUACUACAGGGGAUAUGACUUGAAGUGCGACUGAUAUCAAAGGACGACACUGGGACUUUUAGAAGGCUGAUACCUGAUGAGUUUUAUAUGUGGCAAGCCAGUAGGCUUUUUUGUUUUGAACCGCAAGCUCUAUGUUUGCUGAAAGUGAUAAUCGGCAUCAGAUAUGCACGCGUUAGUUGUUUCUUGGAAAGAGGAGCCUUAUUACUAAGCACCCUGCUUUCGUUAUUUCUUUCUUUCUUACAUUUAAAUGCAAAUCUGGCCCCUAUUCAAUCACUAUUCUUUUGCAAAACGGCAUUAUUGAGAAAGGGGAAUAUGAAGAGUCGUCGGCGUUGACAUUUCCAGUAGAAAACUAUCCAGGGGAAUGAUCCGUAUUGUCAAAUAAUAACAUGUAUAUAUUUUUUUCUUUCGCAUAACGUGAUCAGGGGGCGUACCAUACCCCACGCUGACCAACUCAGAGUUGUAUCGACUGCUUGGCACUGGUUAUCGCAUGGAGAGGCCUGACAUGUGCUCCGAUGAUGUGUACGUUUCUUGAUCAGAAUCGUCUUAGAACUGACAAAACGAUUCGAUUUUUCCGUGCGUCUUUUUAGUUAUAAAUAGCCUUGAAAGUUGCAGAGGACAAGUCGGUUUCGAUUUUGAUGUUUCUUCGAUCAAAGUGAUUACUGAACAGAUGGACGGCAAAAUCUUAGCUUAAAUAUUUGUUUCAUACAGUAAUAUGAUAGUGUUAUUUAACAGAGAUCGACUGCCAGGAUUUUUUUCUCAUGUUCGAUAUUUCCUUAUGGUUGUGGAUAGGGCUUUCCACAAGUUGCUCCAGAUUUUCCUAAACGUUUCCCGUAAUUUCUUCAAAAAAUGCCCAAUAAACAAUCAAAAGUUGCUUUUUGUAACGAAAGUUACAAAAAGAAAGUCUGAUGCUAAAAUAUGCAAAUUGUACAACCAAAGUAAGAUUUCUAAGCAUUUUUGUUCAAUUUUGCGGCGUAACCAGCGUUGCUAAAUAACUUUGUCCUCGAUUAAAACCAAAAAAUGUAGUGAGCCAAUAAAAUCGUUGAGUGGCCUUCUUCACCCGAGACACUCAAGUCACUCGAAUGUGAAUGUUUGUCCUCUCAUUGAGAAGCGAUUUGGUACCUUCAGGAACUCUCUCUGCAAGUCGUAAGCCGUUAUCAAGUAAGCUUCAAUGUCGCUGUCCAGGUUCGAAGUAAAAAUGUUCAAAUCGCCGAGUCACUAGCCUUAGCGUUCCGUUCCCAAUUCUGAGAUAUUUUCCACCUAUUUAUAAAAGCCAUUGUUUUGAUUCUGAUUUUUUCUUGAAGGUAUUGUUUUCAGUGGAAGGUUCCUGUAGAAUCUUGCGUCAACCCAUCUGGCUAUAAACGUAGUAUGGGUGUAACAUAUUUCUUAGGCAAUUUUGUAGACUUAAACUGUAUUCCAGCACCUCUCAAGUCCAAACAUUGACAUAAAAAGAUAUCCUCGAAUUAAUCGUAUUACUCGUUUCAAUUCGAGAGCUUUAUUGUUGGAUUAACUGGUUUAUUUUUCUCGCUCUUCGCGGCUGACUCGCAAGGUACCUGCGGAAAGUAGUAUUUAAAGCCACUGAUCAUUUCUAUGAAAUUGUUACGAGAUUUAAUUUUUCAAAAAUGAGAAAGAGUUUUGACCUAUGUAAGUUAUCUUUUUGUCUCCAAGCGCAGUAUUGUACGAUCUUGGUGAUGAUUUUAUCGAUCGGUAGGAACGUUUUUCAACACUUUUGAGUCUUGUCGCCAGUCUGUUUUUUGUUUUCAGGCUAAAAUUGCGUUAUUGAUACUUUAUAUGAUAACAUCUGCAGCUUCGCUUUAGUUGUUGAAAUGAUUUGCUCUACCGUUACUGAGAAAUUGGACCGUGAACUUUUCACGACAUUCAUUUUGUUUACCAUCUUUCAAACCUUCCCGGGCCGGCUUGAACGUGACGGCAUGAUGGCUAGACACAUCAGAUUUUCAUUCGCCAAUAUCUGCUCUAGUGCCCAGGCCUAAGUUUAUGACUCCCUCCUGAUCUUCGUCCACCAUUUUGAAUUUUCUCUAAAACCGCUGACCGAGCAGCCCAGCUACUUUUAUCUUGCCCUCGUGAUCUGCCCCAGGGGGGAGGAUUUGGCUCCUUUUUUAUAAGAAAUUCAUAAAUUGACAAAUUGUCCACCAAAACAUUGUGAAAUAUGAAAGAAAGGCCAAUUUAAGCACUAACAGCUGCUCCGAUAUCUCAGAACUGAGAUUAGAACAUAAUUAGAGAAAUUGCUCAGAAUGCAAAAAGUUGCUCGAAAUACGAAAAAGUUGCCAAAAAGUUGCAGAGCAACUUGUGGAAAGCACUAGUUAUUAAUUAAAACUAGCUAUUCUUUCUCUUACCUGCCAACAGCUUUAUUCAGUAAAAUCUCGCGAUGUUGGCUAAUUCUUUCAACUUGAGAAACUUUAAACGACAUUUCCAGCAGACUAUUCCAAAACUAUCUAGUAUGUCAGAUGAAACAGAGAAUGUUGACAAGCUGUGGACGCUUUAUGCUUUAUUCCCUUAUAUUCAAUUUUAUUACGGUAUAAUGAUGGGUGAGGAGCAGAGAAAGAAUUAGCCUGCGAGCAAGCUCUCCAUUUGGGCGAGGGAAACGAACCACGCGAGAACGCGCGAGCGGGGACCCCUCGCUGUCGUGUUUCCUCUCGCGUGCCGCACGUGCGUGUACUUAAAGAGAUCCCCCAAAUGGAGAGCUUGCUCGCAGGCGUGGCAAGAUACCGACAAGCCUAAUGAUCCGGUGUGAGUGGAUCCCAGCUGGUCUAAAGGAAAACUCCUCCACUAAAUCGGAGAAACGGUGUCUAUACAUGCAAGAAUGGAUUGGAACUCUGACUAACUUCAAUUGGUUUGUUUAUUGUUUUAUUUUAUUUUAUUUUAUUUUUUUUUAUCAAUAACAGAUAUGAGCUGAUGACUGACUGUUGGAAAGAGGAACCUCGCUCUCGUCCCAGUUUCUAUCAACUGAUCGAAAAACUGGAGGCGAUAAUGCAGAGGGAUGCGCCAUACUUGGAUCUAAACAAACACAAUGAAGAUCAUCCGUAUUACAACGUGCCACCUGAAGCUAGUGGUGAUUAA